GUGUUACUCUCCAACAGCUGAUUGGACAGAGCCAGAGGCUGUUACGCGACAGCGUUCCAUAAGAAAAUUUGGACAUUAUUUUGAUCAAUUAAAGACAAUACAGAAAUGCUACGUUCGCUGGUUGCAGGUGCAUUGCGCAGUGUCUGCCGCGCUCAGCCGGCGUUAGCGCUGCAGCAAACCCAAAGGAACUUUUUUGGUCAUUUGAUUGCUGCGGCUUCUCCUGCUCAGAGCAAAAGAAGUUUACUACCUGCUUGCAGCCUAACACCGACGUUAUUACAGCCAGCUGUGCUUGACGCAUUGCCCGCUCGCAGCGUCACGAAGUUCUCACUCAUCAAGGGCAAACGCAAGUCGGUGAAGGCGGUGCUGAAGCGCUUCAAGCGCCUGGAUUGGGGUGCCUGGAUUCGUACACACUCUGGCCGCCAUAAGAAGAUGUUUAAGAAGUCCCCAGAGCUGCGCCGUCGCCUACGUCAACAUGUCUUUACAAAUGCCACACAGAGCUGGCUGCUGGACAAGAUGGUGACGAGCUACUGGCGACGGCCUAAGCAUUAUAUCGAAGACCCAUAUGCUCCGUACCACAAACGCGAUGAAUACUUCGCAACCAAAUCGAAAACAUUUAAAGUGUAGUUGCUAAAUGAUUUAAUAACAUGUUUUUAACACUUGUUUACUUUA